UUUCCUGUUGAAAAUGUCUCUGUAAUAUAGAUAAAUGUGAGGGAAUUUUCUCUCUAAAUCCGUCUUCUGUUCGCUAAAUCUCACUUCUCCAAAGCGAGCCUGCGCAAUGGAACAAAGUCGGAAUAUUGAGAUGUGACAGUGCUUGAAUCUCAGCCUCUUGCUCUCUGUUUUUAAUGACUUCAAACAAGUUGAUUUUUGCUGGGCUUUGUCGCGCGGAGACCCACGGGGAUGUCUAGCGGUUAUUCCUUUCAGGGGCAUUUAUGCGAUGUCUUAAAGUGGACCAUGCGCUGCAUCUCGCGCACCCACGCCCUCUCGCUGGUGCUCUGCGUGCUGGCGCUGACUCCCGCGACCGUGGAGGCGGGGCCUGAGACGCUGUGUGGGGCGGAGCUUGUGGACACGCUGCAGUUCGUGUGUGGAGACAGAGGCUUUUAUUUCAGCAAGCCAACAGGUUAUGGCUCCCGACGGCAGCAUAGAAGUGGCAUCGUGGAUGAGUGCUGCUUCCAGAGCUGCGAGCUUCAGAGGCUGGAGAUGUACUGUGCGCCGGUCAAACCCGCUAAGGCCCCGCGAUCCGUGCGAGCGCAGCGGCAUACAGACGGCCCCAAAACACCAAAGAAAUCAAUGCCUGGUCAUAGCCACUCAUCCUGUAAGGAGGUUCAUCAGAAGAACUCAAGCAGAGGGAACAAUGGGGGGGGGAACUAUCGAAUGUAGUGGCUGGGAUGGAGAGAUGGAGAGAGGGAUGAGUGGAACUAGUGUAAAGUGGAGGAGAGAAAAAGCGUGACGCCUAACCUGGUCCCCCAGGGCAGUGGUUCAUUCUGUCAGCAAAAAAAAACAAAAC